AUGGAUUUCGAAAUUGGGGAAAGAAUUCGAGUUGAUUCACAGAUCGCCACCAUUUUGUACAUUGGAAAAGUUGAAGGAUAUGGUGAACAAGUUUGGGUUGGAGUUGAAUGGGAUGAUGAAAAACGAGGAAAACAUGAUGGAAUUGUCAAAGGAGUACGGUAUUUUCAGACAAAGUUAGUGAAUUUGGGAGACAUUUCAGGGAAUUUUAAAAUAUAAUUUUGAAAAAAUUGAGAAAAAUUCGGAAAAUUGUGAACUUCAAAAUUCUACUGAUUAAAUAUUUUCCAAAUUUUGAGAAGUAGAAAAGAAUUUUCAGAAUAAUGGCGUAGAAAACUGAAAAAAACACUGAAAUUAAGUUUCAUUUUUAGAGGGAAAAUGAAAAUGAAAUCCAAAUAAUGGUUUUUAAAAAUUUCUUUGAAGAAAAAAUACAAAAUAAUAAAUAUAUCCCAUAUUUUUUCACAUUCCCACAACAAUUUGUUUAUUUUCAGACAUCCAACUGGCGGUUCACUUGUGAAAGUCCAAAACAUCACAAAACCUCUCGAUCUUCUCGCUGAAAUUCAAUCAAGAUAUAUUGGAGAUGAAGAUGAUGUGGAAGAUGAGAUUGAUCUCGUUCAAACAUCCAAAAAAAUCGAACUGGUUGGAAUGCAGAAAACUGCCAUGAAACAGAGGUUUUUUUUUAAAAGAAAUUUUAUAAAAAGAAAACAGCAUACAAAAAUAAAUUUUUGCAGUAAUAUUGAAAAAUUGGUGAAUAUUGUUUUGGAUAAUCGAUGUGUUGGAUUGGCUCCUCCUCAAAAUUCUCCGAUUUUCACAAAUUGUCGAGAAUUGAAUUUAUAUGGAAAUUUGAUUUAUAAAUGGAAGACUGUGCAGAAUAUUUUGAAAUAUUUCCCAAAGAUUCAUGAAUUGAAUUUGAGACGAAAUCGAAUGCAAGAAAUUGAAGAAAAUUAUGAAAUUUUUUCGGAAAGUUGUCGAAAAUUGGUUAUAAGCGAAUGUCAGAUAACACAAAAAUCGGUGAGUUUGAAAAAAGCUUUUUUUAUUUCAGAAAAUUUGUUUUUUCCAGAUUUCACCAAUUCUAAAAAUGUUUCCAAAUCUGACAGAAAUAGUUGCCUUUGGAAAUGAAUUGAAUAAAAUCGAGAUAGCUGAAAAUUUAUCAAGAAAUAUCACAGUUUUGGAUUUGGAGGAUAAUCCAAUUCAAAAAUUCAGCAAUAUUUCGGGCAAUUUUGAAAAGUUGGUUUUAUUCUGUUUUUUUUUAAUUAAUUCAUUAUUUCAUGAAUAAAUUACAGUUUAUUGCACCUGAAUUUAUCAAAUUGUGGAUUCACGGAAAUCAAUAAAAUUGGCGAUUUUGAAAACCUGGAGUCUCUAAAUCUUCGAGGAAAUUUGAUAACAAAAUGGUCGAGUAUAAAUGAAUUGAAAAAAUUGGGAAAAUUGAAGAAAUUAUUGUUUGAUUGCAAAAAUUUGGAAUGUGAAAAAGGAGUAAAUGUAUUUGAAGUGAUUAUUGCAAAAUUAGAAAAAUUGGAAGAUUUGAAUCGAUUUGAUGUUUCGGAAGUUGAAAGAAGAUCGGCUGAAAUUCGAUUUUUGAAUAAAUAUGCGACAUUGAAAAUUGAUGCGGAACAUUUGAGUGAUAUUGAGAGGAUGAUAAAGGUUGGUUUUUUGAUGGGCUGGGCAUGAGUUUUGACAAAAAAAUUCAGAAAUUUAGAAAAAAUUAUCCAAUUUUUUUGCAAAUUUCCAGCAGGAAAUUUUGAAUACCAUCACAAAAAUUUUUUUUAAUCAUUCCGGAUUCCUGAAAAAUAUAAUUUUCUAAAAAUAGUUUUUUUUAGAAAAAAAUUUCAGCAUUUUCCGAAAAAUGUUCCCUUUUCACAUCAAUAAAAACAAACAACUAAAGAAAGAAAAAAUCAAAUUAUUUUUAAUGUUGUUUAUAACAAUACUUUAUUUUUUCUUCUAUUUUUAGAAACACGGUGAACCAAGUGUUGACACGGCAAAAAAAGGGCUGAGCGUUGUGAAAAUCCGAAUACAAUUCGAAAAUCGAAUCGAAACUCGAAGUUUGCCAUUAGGAAUGACUGUGCAGAAAAUUCGAGAUAUGCUCGCAAGAUUGUUCAAGAUUUCUGCAGAUUCUAUUCGAAUUUAUUUGGAAAUGUCGGAAAAUUCGAAAAAACAUCGAAUUGAACUCGAAAAUCCUUUGAGAGAAUUUGGACAUUAUUCACCGAAUGAGGAACGAGAUGUUUUGAUUGUUGAAGGUUUUUGA